CCAGAUAGGAUCGGAUGGCUUGGCGCACAGUGCUCCUGCUGCUGGCGGCCGCCCUGGCCCCGACUCAGACCUGUGCGGCCAUGUCCCGGCCUGGCCUCGGGGAGCCCCGGUUCAUCGCUGUUGGCUACGUGGACGACACGCAGUUCGUGAGCUUCGACAGCGCCGCGGAGAAUCCGAGGAUGGAGCCGCGCGCGCCAUGGAUGGAGCAGGAGGAGCCUGAGUAUUGGGAGCGGGAGACACGGAUCGCCAAGAACACGGAGCAGAUUUCUCGAGUGAACCUGAGGACUCUGAGCGGCUACUACAACCAGAGCGAGGGCGGCUCUCACACUUACCAGCGGAUGUCUGGCUGUGAUGUGGGGUCCGACCGGCGCCUCCUCCGUGGGUACUGGCAGUAUGCAUACGACGGCCAGGAUUACAUCGCCCUGAAUGAAGACCUGAAAACGUGGACGACAGCAGACAUAACAGCUCAGAUUACCAAACAAAAACUGGAGCAGGCUGGUGCUGCAGAAAGAGAGAGGGCCUACCUGGAGGGCGAGUGCGUGGAGUGGCUCCGCAGAUACCUGGAGCUCGGGAAUGCGACGCUGCUGCGCACAGGUGCAGGGGCCGCGGGCAGCUCCUCCCUCUGCCCUCGGGCUGGGGCUCAGUCCUGGGGAAGAAGAAACCCUCAGCUGGGGUGA